GCAACCUGACCCCAUCGCCUCUGCCUCCUGGCAGCUGCCUUGGUGUCCGUCUGUCCUACACUCCAUCUGGACCUGUGAUCUUCCUCUGUGUCUGGAAGGGAGAGAUGUCCAUGACCCCUGCGGGGAGGAGCCCACUGGCCUGUGUUUCUCAGAUGCGCCCAGUCAUCGGCAGACCCUGACCCAAGCAGGACCGGCUGAGCCGGAAGCACUGGGUGGAACAUACAGGACACCCAGGUCAAUGGGGAAGGAGGCAUCCGCGGCAGGACGUGGGUGGAAGACUCGAGGCGGCUGGCAGUGAGGGGGUGCUCUGGCACUGUGCACCAUGCAGUUUGGGACAGGACACCCCUGAGCAAACAGGCCCCCUUCCCUCCUGCCCCUCUGUCCCUUCGGGGGGGUCUCCACCCAUCUCUCACCGCAGUUCCCGUGGGCAGGCGCCUAGGCAAGGGCCUCUUGCCAGGACUGUCCCAAUGGCCAGCUGCCGGUGGGGUGUGCUGUGGGCGUGUGUGGCGGCCACCCUGCUGCACGCGGGCGGGCUGGCCCGCGGCGACUGCUGGCUGAUCGAGGGCGACAAGGGCUUCGUGUGGCUGGCCAUCUGCAGCCAGAACCAGCCGCCAUACGAGGCCAUCCCACAGCAGAUCAACAACACCAUCGUGGACCUGCGGCUUAAUGAGAACCGCAUCCGCAGCGUGCAGUACGCCUCUCUCAGCCGCUUCGGGAACCUCACGUACCUCAACCUCACCAAGAACGAGAUCGGCUACAUCGAGGAUGGAGCCUUCUCAGGUCAGUUCAACCUGCAGGUGCUGCAGCUGGGCUACAACCGGCUGCGGAACCUGACGGAGGGCGUGCUGCGCGGCCUGAGCAAGCUCGAGUACCUGUACCUGCAGGCCAACCUCAUCGAGGUGGUCACGCCCAGCGCCUUCUGGGAGUGCCCCAACAUCCUCAACAUCGAUCUGUCCAUGAACCGCAUCCAGCGGCUGCACAGCUCCACCUUCGCCGGCCUGUCCAAGCUCUCCGUGUGUGAGCUCUACAGCAACCCCUUCUACUGCUCCUGCGAGCUGCUGGGCUUCCUGCGCUGGCUGGCAGCCUUCACCAAUGCCACACAGACCUACGACCGCAUGCAGUGUGAGUCACCGCCGCUCUACUCCGGCUACUUCCUCCUGGGCCAGGGUCGCCACGGCCACCGCAGCAUCCUCAGCAAGCUGCAGUCUGUCUGCACAGAUGGCUCCUACGUGGCUGAGCCCCACCCAGUGCCGGGGCACUCAUCCCCCGGGCGCUCACCGCCACCCCCUGUGCCCCCAGAGCCCAGCGAGGUGCCCUGUGCUGACGAGGAGUGUUUCUCGGGCGAUGGCACCACGCCGCUCGUGGCCUUGCCCACUCAGGCCACCCAGGCUGAGGCCCGUCCGCUCAUUAAGGUCAAGCAGCUGACCCAGAACUCGGCCACCAUCACGGUCCAGCUGCCCAGCCCGUUCAACCGCAUGUACACGCUGGAGCAUUUCAACAACAGCAAGUCGUCCACUGUGUCCAGGCUGACCAAGGCCCAAGAGGAGAUCCGCCUGACCAACCUCUACACGCUCACCAACUACACCUACUGCGUGGUGUCCACCAGCUCCGGGCUGCACCACAACCACACGUGCCUCACCAUCUACCUGCCCAAGCCGCCCAGCCCGCCCGGCCCCGUGCCCAGCCCCUCCACGGCCACCCACUACAUCAUGACCAUCCUGGGCUGUCUCUUCGGCAUGGUGCUGGUGCUGGGCGCCGUCUACUACUGUCUGCGCAAGCGCAAGCGUCAGGAGGAGAAGCACAAGAAGGCGGCCUCGGCGGCGGCGGCCGGCAGCCUCAAGAAGACCAUCAUCGAGCUCAAGUACGGGCCCGAGAUGGAGGCGCCCGGCCUGGCCCCUCUGUCCCAGGGCCCGCUGCUGGGCCCUGAGGCUGUGACCCGCAUCCCCUACCUGCCGGCAGCCACUGGCGAGGUAGAGCAGUACAAGCUGGUGGACAGCGGGGAGACGCCCAAGGCCAGCAAGGGCAACUACAUGGAGGUGCGCACCGGGGAGCAGACGGAGCGCAGGGACUGUGAACUGGGCCGGCCGGGCCCCGACAGCCAGAGCUCGGUGGCCGAGAUCUCCACCAUUGCCAAGGAAGUGGACAAGGUCAACCAGAUCAUCAACAACUGUAUUGACGCGCUCAAGUCCGAGUCCACCGCCUUCCAGGGCGGCAAGUCCGGGGCCGUGUCCACAGCUGAGCCGCAGCUCAUGCUGCUGUCCGAGCCGCUGGCCGCCAAGCACGGCUUCCUGUCCCCUGUGUACAAGGACGCCUUUGGCCACGGCCUGCAGCGGCACCACAGCGUGGAGGCGGCCGGGCCCGCCCGCACCAGCACCUCGUCGGGCAGCUCCGUGCGCAGCCCGCGGGCUUUCCGCGCCGAGGCCGCCGGCAUGCACAAGGUUGCGGCCGCCGAGGCCAAGUACAUCGAGAAGAGCUCACCUGCCGCCGACGCCAUCCUCACUGUGACACCUGCCGCCGCGGUGCUGCGGGCCGAGGCCGAGAAGGGCCGCCAGUACGGCGAGCACCGGCACUCGUACCCCGGCUCCCACCCGGCCGAGCCGCCCGUGCCGCCUUUGCCCCCGCCCCACGACAGCCUGGGGGGCCGCAAGGCAUCCAUCCUGGAGCCCCUGACCCGGCCCCGCCCCCGAGACCUGGCCUACUCGCAGCUGUCCCCGCAGUACCACAACCUGAGCUACUCCUCCAGCCCCGAGUACGCCUGCCGGGCCUCCCAGAGCAUCUGGGAGCGCUUCAGACUGAGCCGCCGGCGGCACAAGGACGACGAGGAGUUCAUGGCGGCCGGCCAUGCCCUGCGCAAAAAGGUUCAGUUCGCCAAAGAUGAGGAUCUGCACGACAUCCUGGACUACUGGAAGGGUGUGUCGGCCCAGCACAAGUCCUGAGCCCCAGGCCAGGCGCCCGGUGCCCACGCCCCCUCCCGCGCUCGCCCCGAAACUCGUGACGCCCACUGGACCAAAAAGGACACAAAUCCACUGCAGCUAUUUGUAACCCAGAGACUCUUACCAUGAAAUGAAACCACGUGCACCCCCCACACCCCCCCACACGCACACACGCACCAGGUGCAGCACUGCUGAAGCCUGGGGCCCGCAGAGAAAGCAGGGCGGGGGGUGCUGACAGUCAUGAGAAUGAACCCUGAGCUGUGCGUGACCUGCCACGACAUUCCCCCCAGUGAGCAGGCUGUCCACACACUGUUCACGCACACACACACGCACACACACACGCACGCGCGCACACACACACACGAGGGACUUCGGAAAACUGUG